UACCUACAAUGCCGGAAGCAUCAGUCGUCUUCGGCACAAAUGAAAAAUGGCGAAUAAAUCGCAACAUUUUGGUGCUGGGAUUCGCCUUUAUGGUGCACUUCACCGCUUUCCACGGAACUGCCAACCUCCAGAGCUCAGUGAACAGCGACGCAGGCGCAGGAACAUUUACUCUCGCAGCGAUAUAUUUCUCACUGAUUCUGUCUAAUAUUCUCCUUCCUGCUGUUGUCAUCAAAUGGCUGGGCUGCAAGUGGGCUGUGGCUAUAUCUUUCAUAGCUUAUAUGCCGUUUAUAGCAGCACAGUUCUACCCCCGGCUGUAUACCCUGGUGCCAGCUGGUAUGAUGGUGGGAUUUGGUGGAGGACCGCUUUGGUGCGCCAAAUGCACGUAUUUAUCCGUGGUAAGACAUAUAUUCAGCUUUUUUAUACAGCCAGAUGGGUAA